AUGAAGUGGAGCGUCCGCGGGGCCUGCGCCGCGCUCUCCUCCUGCCUCCUGCUCGCCUGCGCGCUCAGCGCCGCCGCCGUCGGCCUUAAGUGCUUCUCGCUGGGCUCGGAGCUCCGGGGGGAGCCGUUCCGGCUCGGGGCGGCCGCCGGCGCCUUCUAUUCAGGGCUGCUGCUGGCCGCCGGCCUCUCGCUGCUCGGCGCCGCCCUGCUCUGCUGCGGGCCCCGGGACGCGCCCCUCGCAGGGCCGGGGUCGGGCCAGGGGCUCGGGGUCCCCGCAGCCCCGGGAGGCUCUCCGGAGGCUGCGCCGGGCGAGCCCGGGGCCGCAGUCGGGGCCCCCGGGCCGGUGAACAGCCAGAACCUUCUCCUGCUCGGCGUCCUCGUCUUUAUGCUCGGCGUCCUCAGCGCCUUCGCGGGCGCCGUGAUCGACGGCGACACCGUGUCCCUAGUGGAGCGCAAGUACUCCCACUACUGCCUGCCUCCGCGCGCGUCGGCCGCGGCUCCCGGCCCCGCGGCUGCCGCCCCCGGCCCGGCGCCCAGCGCGCCGCGCGCCCGCAGCACCCUGGACAGCGCCACGUCCGCCAAGUGCCGGCAGCUGAAAGACUACCAGCGCGGCCUGGUGCUGUCCACAGUCUUCAACUCGCUGGAGUGCCUCCUGGGCCUGCUCAGCCUCCUGCUGGUCAAGAACUACAGGUCGUCACAGGCCCGGCGCGGCCGGCGCGGCCGGCGGAGGAGCAGUCGGGCCCUGGCGCGGCCGCGCGGCGGCCCGGGGCUCCGCGUGCAGCUGCCAGCCUCACGAGUGCGGCGGGGCCGGCGGGGCCGGCGGGGCCGGCGGCUGCAGCCGCGUCCGAGCGAGGCUUCCAUCCUGUCUCCGGAGGAGUCGGACUUCGCCGCCCCGGGGGACUGCGUGGGAUUUGCGGCGCACCACGCCGUCUCCUACAUCAACGUGGGCGUCUUCCACGCGUCGGACGAAGCCGGCGUGGAGGUGUGCUGCGGCGGGCACCCGUCCGUGGAGCUGCCGGGGUACGCGCCCUCGGACCCCGACCUCAACGCCUCCUACCCCUACUGCUGCCGGCCGCCCUGCGAGGCGGCACGCCCGUGGGAGCCGAGCCGGGCCUGCUGA